AUGAGAACAGUUUUCACAGACGCUGACCUGCAUGCCCUUCUCGGAGCUGCAGAGCGUAUCAAAUUUCACGUGAUUGCUCUGCAGGAGACCAAGUGCAGAAGGAGCGACGUACGACAGAUGAAUGACGGUACAUUCGUCAUUCGUGAAGAGAAGGUUCCGUCCCGAAAUGUAGGCGGUGUUGGCUUUGUUGUGCACCCAUCUGCCGUCCAUCUUGUCGAUUCUCACGAGAUCAUGUCACCUCGUCUGGCCAUUCUUCGCCUCCGCUCUCUGCGAUAA